CCGUAGACUGUCGUGUCGCUCCGGCACGGAAAUUCCAUGUUGUAUAUAAACAUCCUUGGGGCUCAGCUGGACAACACCAUCCUCUGUCGUUUCCAACAUGCGUCCCACUACUAUGCAGUAUGUUCGUCUUGGAAACUCUGGCUUGAAGGUAUCCAAGAUCAUCCUAGGAUGCAUGUCCUACGGCAAUCCCGCCUGGCAAGGAUGGGUGCUACCGGAGGAAGAAGGUAUCAAGCAUAUCAAGGCUGCCUACGAUGCUGGAAUCAAUACUUUCGACACUGCCAACAUUUAUUCUAACGGGCAGUCCGAAGUCACACUCGGAAAGGCGAUCAAGCAGCACAACUUGGCACGCGAAGAAAUCGUCGUGAUGACCAAAGUCUUCUGUACAGUCGGGCAAGAGCCUGAAGAACUAUAUGUGACCUCCGCUGAUAGCGAAAAGAAUGGAUACGUGAACCAGCAUGGUCUCAGCAGAAAGCACAUCUUCGACAGUGUCAAGCAUAGCUUGAAACGUUUACAACUCGAAUAUAUUGAUGUCCUACAAUGCCAUCGAUUCGAUCCCGAUACGCCUGUUUCUGAAACGAUGCAAGCCUUUCACGACGUCGUCAAGGCCGGAUAUGUCAGAUAUAUUGGCAUGUCUUCUUGUUACGCGUGGCAGUUCCAUGUCAUGCAGAAUUAUGCGAUUCAACAUAAUUUGACCCCCUUCGUAUCAAUGCAGAAUCAUCACAACCUUCUCUAUCGGGAAGAAGAGCGUGAGAUGUUCCCUACUCUCAAGCAUUUCGGAGUCGGCUCCAUUCCAUGGUCUCCUCUUGCUCGAGGUAUGCUCACACGGCCCAUCCAGCAAGAGACCAAGCGUACGGAGACAGAUCUUUGGGCAACAAUCUACAAGGCCGGUGAUGCUACCGAAAUAAUUAUCAAACGUGUCGAAGAGAUAGCAAAAAGGCGCGGUAUUUCGAUGGCCCAAGUCGCCGUUGCGUAUUCCAUGGGUAAAGAGGGUAUCUCUGCCCCGAUUGUUGGGACGACAUCAUUGGCCAACCUUGAAGAUCUCAUUGGCGCCAUCGGGGUCGCACUGACUGAAGAAGAAGUUAAGUAUCUCGAGGAGCCAUACAAGCCCCUCCCGAUCAUGCAUUGAAAGAGCAUGCUUGGGACGGGCGUGUGAGGGACUGAAAUGGCUUCGUCAUCCUCCGUGGCGGUUACCAGCCAUUAUUUCUUCUUUAAUCGAGUGCGAAUAGAUACGAGACAGUCUUCGAGUGAAUAAGAUACAUGUAAUGCCAAUCGAGCGAGUAUUUUCGUUUGAAUGCAUACCCCUCGAACUACUGGGGCGUCAAGGAUAAAGACACAAACCUCCGUUU